GGUCACCUAGUAAAUGUGACAAGGACCUCUGUGGUGUUAUCACUUCUGUAUGACCGUGGAAAUGGAGAAGUUCAUUAUUGUGUUCCUCUCGGUUCUUGUGUCUUGUGCGGCAACACAACGCCCCAACAUUGUCUUCAUAGUUGCAGAUGAUUUAGGAUGGAACGAUGUUGGUUUCCGAAACCCAAACAUGAAGACUCCUAACAUCGACAAACUUGCUACAGAGGGGAUCAUCUUUGAGAGCGCAUAUGUCCAGCCUUUUUGCAGCCCGUCUCGUACGGCCUUCAUGAGUGGAAUGUUUCCAUUCAAGGUGGGCAUGCAGCACAGAGUUCUGAGCGACGUUCAGGCCGCAUGUGUGCCCCUCAACUACACCUUCCUGCCACAAGAGUUGAAGAAACUCGGCUAUGCUACCCAUAUGGUCGGCAAAUGGCACCUGGGUUUCUGCAAAUGGGAGUGUACACCGACGUACAGAGGGUUUGAUACGUUCUUCGGCUACUACAGUGCAGCGGAGGACUACUUCAAUCAUAGCAAGGGUGCAUAUUUAGACUACAGAGAUAACAAACUUCCCGCUUGGGAUUACAAGGGAGAGUAUUCAGCUUAUACAUUCGCCCAGAAAGCUGUUGACAUCAUCCACCAGCACAACGUUUCCCAGCCUCUGUUUAUGUACCUGCCCUAUCAGAAUGUACAUGCUCCAAUUGAGGUUCCCGAAAAGUACUUCAACAUGUAUCCAAAUGUGAUAAACCAAGGUCGAAGAACAUAUUCAGGAAUGGUGUCUGCCCUCGACGAAGCAGUUGGAAACGUUACAAGGGCGCUGAAGGAGAAAGGGUUGUUUGAAAACACACUCAUUCUGUUCACAGCUGAUAAUGGCGGUCCUGUUGAAGAUUAUGCCAGCAACUGGCCUCUGAGAGGAGGGAAGCACACAAUCUGGGAGGGAGGCACGAGGGGGGCAUCCUUCAUGUAUGGCACCGGACUAAAGAAAACCAAGACAACUUAUAAUGGAAUGAUGCAUGCUGUAGACUGGAAUCCCACCUUGGUGUCUGCAGCUGGAGGAACUCCUGAGACGUCAAUCGACGGUAUAAGCCACUGGGAUUCUAUCAGGAAUGGUCUUCCGUCGUCAAGGACCGAGUUCAUAUACAAUCUGGACGACUUUGAGCCUGCAACGGAAGGACAUGCUGGAAUAAGGGUUGGAGACUACAAGCUAAUAAUGGGCUACCCAGGUGGACCUGAUGGCUGGCACGAGCCUAUGAACAGGACACAGAACGAUAUUUAUGAAACCACCAUAUAUGUUGAAGGAGAUAGUCCAGUGCAUCUGUACAAUAUACGUGAGGAUCCCACUGAGCAUAACGACCUGGCAGCAAAGAUGCCGGACAUUGUUGACAAACUAAGAGCUCGGAUUGAUGAGUACCGGAAGCAGAUGGUCCCCGCUCUUUUCCCUCCUCCUGAUCCUGCAUCUAACCCUAAAAACUUUGGGAACGUCUGGAGCCCGGGAUGGUGUUGACGUCGAAUUAUUUGUGUAAAAACAUAUUGAAGAAUAUGUUGCUCCUGUCAGUUUCCAUCUUAGUCACAAUUACAUUUGGUGAGUUGAGUCAAACACCACUUUGAACUCCAAAUGUUAGUUACAUCACUGUGUGUCAACUUAAUAUCAAAGGAAAGCCCAACGUGAUUGAAAAGAUUAAUGUGUAAUGUUUUAACACUUUGCUGAAACCCACCAGCAAAGGUGAGGUUCUCACAGACAACAAACCCGUGAAGAUUCGGGGAAGAAUAGAUCCCCAGCAACCCAUGCUUGCCGUAAAAGGCGACUAACGGG